GGCACUGUAUAAAAAAGGUAGGACUCAGAGCACUUCAGCUCCAAUUGUCCUCUGUGUAGAACUACCUCUUUUUCAAGAUGGAUCUUCUUCAUAUGAAUGGUGUGCUCAUAAUUCAACGUUUACAGAAGGACUACCGAGCUUACUACGAUUUUCUAAACUUUAUGUCCAAUGUUGGAGACCCCAGGAAUAUCUUUUCUAUUUAUUUUCCACUUUGGUUUCAACUUAAUCAGACAGUUGGAACCAAGAUGAUAUGGGUAGCAGUCAUUGGGGACUGGUUCAAUCUUAUAUUUAAAUGGAUAUUAUUUGGUCAUCGGCCAUACUGGUGGGUCCAAGAAACUCAGAUUUACCCAAAUCAUUCAAGUCCAUGCCUUGAACAGUUCCCCACUACCUGCGAAACAGGUCCAGGAAGUCCAUCUGGCCAUGCAAUGGGCUCAUCAUGUGUCUGGUACGUCAUGGUGACUGCUGCCCUGAGCCACACUGUCAGUCAGAUGAGUAAGAGCUCCAUCACUCUGCACAGACUGACCUGGUCAUUUCUUUGGAGUCUUUUUUGGUUGAUUCAAAUCAGUGUCUGCAUCUCCAGAGUAUUCAUAGCAACACAUUUUCCUCAUCAAGUUAUUCUUGGAGUAAUUGGUGGUAUGCUGGUGGCAGAGGGCUUUGAGCACACUCCAGGCAUCCAAACGGCCAGCCUGGGCACAUACUUGAAGACCAAUCUCUUCCUCUUCCUCUUUGCUAUUGGCUUUUACCUGCUUCUCAGACUACUCGACAUUGACCUGCUGUGGUCUGUGCCCACUGCCAAAAAGUGGUGUGCUAACCCUGAUUGGAUCCACAUUGACACCACACCUUUUGCUGGACUCGUGAGAAACCUUGGGGUGCUCUUUGGCUUAGGCUUUGCAAUCAACUCAGAAAUGUUCCUUAUGAGCUGCAGAGGGGAAAACAGCUGCAAGCUGAGCUUCCGGUUGCUCUGUGCCUUCACUUCGUUGACCACACUGCAGCUCUACCAUUUCAUCCAGAUCCCAACUCAUGAAGAGCAUCUAUUUUAUGUGCUGUCUUUUUGUAAAAGUGCAUCCAUCCCGCUGACUGUGGUUGCUCUGAUUCCCUACUGUAUUCAUAUGUUGAUGAAACCAAGUGAAAUGAAGACUAAAUAGGGACAUGCAGAGUGCUCUGUGGUCACAAGAUGAUCACCCUUCUCCAUCUGCCA